AUGGUUUAUAGAAGAGAUGAAAUGUGGUCUGAGGGACGAUAUGACUAUGAAAGGCUUCCAAAAGAACGAGUGCCUGCUCGAAGUCACCCCAGUGAUGGCUACCAUAGAGUAGUUAAUGUUGUGCCACAGAAACCACCACUGCUAGACAGAUCUGGGGAAGGAAGCUACAAUAGAUAUGAUAGCCACGUUGAUCACCGAGAAUAUGACAAGGGCCACAGUUUUUCUCAUGAUCGAAGAAGUGGUCCACCUCACAGAGGAGAUGAAUCUGGUUAUAGAUGGGCAAGAGAUGAUCAUUCUGCAAGCCGACAGCCUGAAUACAGGGACAUGAGAGAUGGCUUUAGAAGAAAAAUCUUCUACUCCCAUUAUGUGACAUACUGGUCUCCUCAUAAAAGGGAUAAUCGGCUUUUCAGAGAAUCACCUGUAGGCCGAAAGAAUUCUCCACACUGCAGAUCUGGCUCCAAUGUCAGUAGUAGAACCUACUCUCCAGAAAGAAGCAAACCAUACUCUUUCCACCAGUCUCAGUAUAGAAAGUCCAUGCCUGCUGGUGCCUCCUACAAAUGGCAGAAUAACAGAAAGCCAAAAACAGAUAAAGAGAGGCCUGUACAGUCUUUGAAAACAUCAAGAGAUACUUCACCCUCAAGUUCUUCAGCAGUUCCACCAUCAAAGUUGUUAGACAAACCCAGUAGGCUAACUGAAAAAGAGCUUGCUGAGGCUGCAAGCAAGCGGGCUGCUGAAAAGCUAGAGAGGGCAGAUGAAAGUAACUUGGCUGAAAUUUCUGAGGAUGAGGCGGGAUCCACGGCACCAUCAUACAUUGACCAGCCAGAAGAACCUGAGUCAAAUGCAACAGAUGGCAUAGAGUUAUUUGAAGACAGUCAGCUAACCAGUCGCUCUAAAGCAAUAGCAUCAAAAACCAAAGAGAUUGAACAGGUUUACCGACAAGACUGUGAAACUUUCGGGAUGGUGGUGAAAAUGCUGAUUGAAAAAGAUCCUUCAUUAGAAAAGUCUAUACAGUUUGCAUUGAGGCAGAAUUUACAUGAAAUAGGUGAGCGGUGUGUUGAGGAACUCCAGCAUUUUAUUGCAGAGUAUGAUACUUCCACUCAAGAUUUUGGAGAGCAUUUUUAG